AUGGAGGAGGAUGAUGAGGAGGAGCGUGAGGGGAGGCAGGAGGAGAGGCAAGAGGUAGACGAGCAAGAAGAGAAAGAGCGAGAGGAGGAGGCGGGAGAACUUGAGACGGAGCAGCAUGAGGAGGGGAGGGAGAAGGAAAUGGAGGAGAAGGAGAAGAGAGUGAAGGGGAGACAGGAGGGCAACGAGGAGAAGAAGAGUGAGGAACACGAUGAGGAGCAGCAGCAGGAGGAGGAGGAGGACGUGUUUUGUAAGUCUCGUCUUACAAAUACUGCACUUCCCUUCUCAUAUGUGUUGUUGUAGCAUUUGCUUGAACUUUUCGGAUAAGGAGAGGGCAUAGGUUUUAGCAUUACAGUGAGCUGAAUUCUUCUAAAAACAUAUAACUGUGUUCCAUAUCAGUAUUAACUAAGUAAUCCCAGACAAGGCUCUUUAAUAUUAACCCAAGAACUUCAAAAUUUUGCAAAUUCACAUUCACUUGGGCUGCUCUAGUAGAGGUUCAUGGCUAUAUUAGUAUUCCCGUCGUGAAUAGUACAGAUAAGCGUAGGUAUGUAAAUAUCCUCGAGGUCUGUAGACUAAGUAAACAGUGAGAUUUUAAGACUCAACGGGCUCAGAAUAGCCGCCCUAUUUGUCAGGGGACUGCCAUUGACCUGGGCCAUUAAUUAAAUGAUGCAGCCUUGUGCGUAAAAAACCUCCUGCCUGUUCAAACUAGAAAGAGUGGAGUACCCACAAAACCUUAUGCCUGUUGUACCUGCAUCGCAUUUCUCCAUCUGUGUGCGUACAGCAAAACCUGUCGCCGUUACCUGACACCUAGAGGUGGGUAACUGACAGAGGUUACCUCAGAACUGAUCAAUCCUCUCGAUCCCGGACGUCAGGGAUAACGUUGGUUCAGGGGUGCGGCUGGGGAUAUUUCCACCUCCGUUGCUUGCUUUUGUAUUCAGUCUGAAACAAACACUCCACCACUAGGCCCCUGGCCCGACUCGUACUUUGCACCAGUUGGGAAUAUAGAUGAGAGGGGAGACAGAUCUGCCUCCAAUUCAUUGCUCCAAUUACUUUAUUAUAACGAAUUCAGGUAAGCUGAAGAAAUGACAAUAAGACAAAAGCAGGCCCAGUGGAUCCUUCCUAAUGCAACCCACUUCACAGCAUCCAUUUCGGUGGUAUGCAUCUUCCACGAAGGCAUUUUCGUAUUCGUGUUGCAGAGUGUAUUUGCGCGCAAGCUAUUGGCAAUGGCCGGACGCCAUGCUGCGAGUCACCGAAAACACCACCGCCAUCACCACUACCAACAUCUCUUCUCGAUCCCAUGACGGACGGUCUGUUCUUAUCCCGCGUAUUCAUUUUAGAUGAUAUUGAACUCCAAACGGCUGAGGAGAAAUGGGAGGAUGCUGAGGAAUGUGCCAUAGUCAACGACCAAGAGUCGGAUGAGAAUGCUGAAAAGCAAGCCCUGCUGACGGCAGUCGAGGGUAGGUAUUAUCCAUGACAAGUCAAACACCCUUUUUCUGCUUUUACAUUGACGAGCAUCUGUUUCAUAUGGUUUGCAGUUUAUAAGUGUGUCAGUGGCAAAUAUCCCUGGCGCCCUUAAAAACACACGCACACACGACAGUUCGGCCGUCGUUGUCGGCGAUGUCCACCGUGUGCUCUCCUGAAAAUUAUAACAGACACAGUGACAUGUUGGACAGCGCAUCUACGCACACACACACACCCACACGCAUACCAUACUACCGUGGAUGUUGUAAUCAUCUGCUAGCUUAGUGGCCCUCUGUAACACGACCCAUUUCACAGCAUCCAUUUUUAGAGGGAUGUGAGUUCCGGGGAGAACGCAUCGUACUCAUUUGGAAAAGUGCAUGUGCGGGGCCAGGCGUCGGCAAUGGCUUUACGCCAUGCAAGACUCUGCAGUUGACCCUACCCCUGAGUCAACGAAACCGCCGCCGCUGCCACCAACAGUACUACUACUACUACUACUACUACUACUACUACUACUACUACUACUACUACUACUACUACUACUACCACCAACACCACCACCGCCGCCGCCGCCGCCGUCACCACCACUAACACCAUCAUCACCACCACCACCACCACCACCACCAUAUCUACCUCCAUUCCACACGGCAAUUUUUCCUCGCAGCGCCACGGCGCACGAUUCAUCGUGCGUUUCGCAUUUGAGAAAUCAAUCUUAAACCGCACAUCAGUACUCUCUCCGCGUACGCAUUUUAGAUGACAUGAAAGAUCGAUAUGCUCAGGAAGUUUGCGAAUGUGCUGAAGAGGACGUCACUGUCCACGCUGCACAGUCGUAUGAGCAGGCCGAAGAGGCAGCUACGUUGUGCACGGUCGAGGGUAGGCAUUAUCUACGAAUUGUCACUUGGCCUUUUUUCCGUUUUAUUACUUAGAGGCUUCAUACCAUAUGGUUUGCAGUUAAUGAGAGGGUUAGGUGAAAUUUGCUCGCUGCCAUUGUACGAUGGCCGCGCUCUCACACACACUCUUACUGCCGUGGAUGUUGUAGAUGGCAUUAAGGGUCCAGGGGUGCUGGAAGUUCGGAUGGAAGUAGAGAAGGCCCCCAUCAUCCUACCGUCGAGGCAGGAGCCGGCCCAGACGGAGGCACACAAAUGGAGAAUGUCGGCGGAAUGCGGUAGGUCAAUCUCUUGAUGUGCAAGGCACAGUUGUUCAUUGUCCAAAUGUCAGGUUUCAAGGUCGCGUCCCUGUCAUUAACCCUACUGACAUCAUUUUAACGAAUUAAAAGAUAGAGGCGUUUAGCGACUCUGAUGUGAAGGAAGUAGUCAUAUAGGCUGCUGGCAAGGCAGAGCCCUGUCUCCUGUUUGCAAGCGAUAGGCAGUCUGCAACCUGCAAUCCACGAGACAAAACCCUGAGACGCAUUGCUGUCAAAUGCAGAUCAACUUCCCAUCAUUAAACCCUCAAAUAAAGUCAAUGCCAACGAUUGUGUCACCUUAGUCGAAUUCCUGCAGUUUCAUUGGGAGUUGUGACUGGCUGAGUGAGGGCAAAAUAAGCCUGAAACAGCAAUUUAUAAAUCUACCUGCAUUCUCUAUUAUCCUUCCUCGCUUUUAUUAUGCUAUCAAUAUUAAAAUAUGUCUGUCUAUCUCCAAAGUGCAAAUCGCCACUCAGCCUAUGCCUAGCUGUCCGAUGUAGACACAAUGGCAAACUGUCCACGCAUGUCAACUCUUCAAAUUUGUGCUGGUUAUUCAACCACGCUUUAAGCGACCCUGGCAGGAAGAAGUCACAUCGGCUUCUGGCAAGACACAGCCCUGUCUCAUGUUUGCAUGCGAUAGGCAAUCCGCGAGACAAAACGCUGAGAGGCAUUGCUUUCACAUGCAGAUCAAUUUCCCAUCACUAAGUCCUCGGUGAAAGUCAAUGCCAACGGCAGUUGUUUGACGAACUCGGCUCCAUGCUAUACUAAAGUAUGAAGUGCAGAUUGGUCAGAAUUCGAGACACUAAAAUGACCCAAUGCAACUUACUCUUUUCCACCAGAAAAUGGAAUGUGCAUGGUGUGCAUAGGUGGGCCCGGGGAUGCGUUCAUCAACUUCCAUUAACUCAAUCAUUGGUUUUGGAAGACAGGUGUGUAUUUCUGUCUGAACUGGAAGCACUCUUCUAGGCUGAAUUCACUCUUGCGUGUACCAGGACAAAACAGAUUACAGACCUCUUCUCAACGUUGAUUUAGCCUCAAAUUGCGACUGCAGUCUGGAUUAAUUCGUACAGCGUCCCCAUCCUAUGAUGUCCAAGUAAAGGCAAUAAGCGCACAUUACGAGUGAACUGCAACCAAUAUGUCACCUCACUCCUUAGCACAACAACUACGCUUCCAAGUUAACCAGAGUUUUGAAUUCAAUGCCCGAUGUUUCCUAGGUGACAACGACGUGGAGGCUAUCUUCCCAGUUAUCUUCAGCGACACCCUUACCUGGUUGCCCGCAUGUGGCGACAACCAAAUUUCGGUCUCCUCGACGCCUGCAGAUACCGACACCGGUGAGUUGACAUUUUGUUAAAAUAAAUUUGUACAGACAGACUCGGUAGUUUCUAGUGAGCAGAAUCUACCUCAAGAGCCUGCGAGUCCUUAUAUUUGUCACAUGCUAAUCCGGGUCGAGUUCUCAAAACAGAUGCUAAAUGUUGCUAAAAUUCGGAAGUCAUAUCACAUAUAUGCAUUGAAGAAUUUUCAAGGCUGGGCAAUGAUUUACCGUACUAACAACACAGGUAUUAGCUAAAAGCCCAGAAAAGAAGGCAAAUUUUUAAGGCUGCUGACUGGAAUAGCAGUUGUUGUAGAUAGUCGAUGCACUAGCUCUCGCAUAUGGAGAUCUGCGCAGAAAACGGUGUGUUUUUAUCAUGGAUCAUGCUGCCGUUGCAGGAGAUGAUGAUGAUGAUGAUGAUGAUGAUGAUGAUGAUGAUGAUGAUGAUGAUGAUGAUGAUGAUGAUGAUGAUGAUGAUGAUGAUGAUGAUGAUGAUGAUGAUGAUGAUGAUGAUGAUGAUGAUGAUGAUGAUAACGCUGGCGGCGGCGACGACGACGACGACGACGACGGCUACACCGCCCCACAUUAUUUUCGGCCUCGAUGGAUGAGCAAGACAGAUUUCCCCACUUGA